AUGGCAUUCAAACACAACAAACACGACGAUGUGGUCGCUGGCGAUGGCCCGUCCGACCAUGACAACUAUGACUCUGCACGUCUUAAUGAUACGGCGGAGGAAACCGUUGACCCAGAUUCUGGCGUCAAGCGCGGUCUCAAGAACAGACAUCUGUCAAUGAUGGCCCUUGCUGGUAUCAUUGGCCCUGGACUUCUUGUUGGCGCAGGCGGCGCAUUGAAUGUUGGAGGACCAGCUGCGUUGUUAAUUGGAUUUGGUGUUGUCGGUAUCAUUGCCUUCUGCAUCAUGCAGUCCCUAGGAGAGGUGACAACAUUGUAUCCCGGCGGAGGCUCUUUCAUCUCUCUCGCCGAGCGCAUGGUGGACAAGUCUUUCUCAGUCGCCGUGGGAUGGAAUUACUUUGUGAUCUGGGCCGCCGUCCUUGCCAAUGAAUACAAUGUCAUCUGCAGUAUUCUCACAUAUUGGGGCCCCGUCGUUCCUCUCUGGGGUUACUUCCUCAUCUUCUGGACCGUCUUUAUGGGAUUCCAGUUACUUGGCGUUGAAGCCUUUGGCGAGGCCGAAUUCUGGCUUGCCCUCAUGAAACUACUUGGCUUGACAGCAUAUUUCGUCUUCUCCAUCAUCUACGCAGCCGGCGGUCUCGUUGGUCAGGAUGAGCCCUUGGGCACGAGAUAUUGGAGUAACCCGGGACCUUUCAACGGCAAUGGUUUCCGUGGUGUUGCUGCUGUCUUUGUGUUCUGCUCAACCUUCUACUCAGGUGUUGAGUCUAUUGCUGUAGCCGCGACUGAGACCAGAAACCCAGGUGUUGCUGUUCCUCAGGCCAUUCGACAGGUCUUUUGGCGUAUUAUCUUCGUUUACAUGGGAUCUGCUUUCUUCUUUGGUAUUACUUGUCCUGCUAAUGCCGAGGGACUUGUGAACGGCGGCUCUAAAGCGCUGCAAAGUCCUAUGACUAUUGCUAUUCAAACUGCUGGCUGGCAAGGAGGUGUCCAUCUCAUCAACGCUUUCAUUCUUCUUACUUGCUUGUCCGCCAUCAACUCAUCUAUCUACUUCGGCUCCCGUACUGUCUUUUACAUGGCACAGUCCGGCAAGGCUCCCAAGAUAUUCGGCUGGACUAACAAGCGAGGUGUUCCUGUCUGGGCUAUCCUGUUCACCAACGCAGUCGGUGCCAUUUCCAUGAUGAAUGUCUCUACUGGCGCCUCCAAGGCCUACAGCUACAUCGUCAACCUGUCUGGUGUCAGUGCUUUCCUUGUAUGGGGCAGCAUUUGCCUUAUCCAUAUUCGCUUCCGUCGGGCCUGGGUUGCCCAAGGCCGAAGCCUCAGUGACCUACCUUACAAGGCAAUAGGUUUCCCCUAUCUUGCUUGGUUCGGCCUCGGGGCAUGCAUUUUCCUGGCCUUGGUUCAGGGGUGGACAACAUUAUCACCGUUCAACGUUGGAAACUUUGUGGAUGCUUACAUCCUGAUCCCCUUGUUUGGCAUCAUUUAUGUGUUCUGCAAGCUUUUGUGGCGUGGGUCUGAUCCGCUCAAGAGGAGUUGGAGUAUUGAUCUUGACAGCGGUAGAAGGAUGGAUCUGGACUACAACAGUGGCCCUGCCUCAACGAACCUACCAGGUCAAAUGCCCUGGUGGAAGAAAGUGUGGGCUUGGUUCUAA